UUUGAGUGACAACAUUGGUUAGCCAGGCGACACGCUUGAAUUUGUACUCAGAGAUGGCUCUUUUGUUUGGGCGGUAAAAUUAAAGGGCUACUCGUACAGGUCUUUGCUUUGAUAUUUGAAGCUUUGUCAGUGGCUAGCGUGCGAAAUGCAUAUGGGCAGAUUGUUGCAGAUAGUCUUUAACACCAGCUAUUUAAUGUGAAUUGCAGCAACAAAUUAAGGUCGCUGAGUUUUCAGAACUGCUAUUUAAAGUAGAUGCAAAGCGGUUUCGAAGAAGCAUGGACAUUCUCGUCGCUCAGGACACUGUCCCAAGAAUUUCAUUUUUACGAAACACGCUGUUCAUUUUGUUGGUCUGCUUUUCAGCAUUCACAAGUGCAGUGACGGUUGAUGCAAAUACCAAAGGCUGUGGAGGCACUUAUAGCGGGACAUACGGAAAUUUUACAAGUCCUGGAUAUCCGAGUAGAUACGCAGAUAAUUUAAGGUGUAGAUGGACAAUAAAAGUUAGUCAAAACUCGAGAAUACAUAUUGAUUUUAUAUACGUGGAAAUUGAAACUGGAGAUGGGUGUCUAUAUGACUAUUUGCUGUUCCGAGAUGGACUGGAACCAACAUCGCCUGCUCUAGCAAAGAUAUGCCAUGCACACACAACGACUAUCAAAUCAACAGGUUCAGAAAUGACCGUCCUGUUUGUAACCGAUUCAUCUACGGGUUUCCGUGGAUUUCAUUUGGUUUGGAAAGCUGUUCCGAAAAUGCCUCUUCUGCAACCAGAAGGUAUCUCUAUAACCUCACCAUGGAUUGGUAUUGCCACGCCCAAAAGCUUACGACAAAUAGACGGUGGUAUUACGGAGCAUUUAUGGGCUGUUGAUAAGACGUCUACUGUGUACUUGUAUGCCAAUAGAAUCUGGGAUGCAGUCGAAGGCAAAAUGGCAUACGUCACUGCUGGUCCAGUGGUAAUUGGAACUUCUGAAGAUGGGUAUGUUUGGUAUCGAAAGGGCAUUACAUCCGAGCUCCCAAAGGGUAAUGCAUGGGAGAGGGUACCUAUAUUAAUUCGAAUGCAAAGAGUCGAAUCAGGGCGAAACGGUGUUGCAGUUGGUCUUGAUCUACUCGGAAAUCUUCAUCAGCUGCAAAUUAGCGAAAAUCGACCAACAGGUUUAGCUUGGAAAAUAUUGGAUGGAGACAAGAACGAUCCCUUAAUAGAUGUGUCCUGUGGAAGUUACGCAUGCUGGUUUACUACGCUGAAGGGUGUUUUGUAUCUAAGUCGAGACAUUGGAUUUGAUGAGCAAGCCGAUUCGUCCCCUCAGUUGAUAAGCCCUGAGAGAGUUGGAGCACCUUUCGCGGCGAAACAGGUUGCUGCGGGCUUUGAUGGAUCGUUGUGGGCAAUUACGUCGAGUGGGGAUGCUUAUAAAAGAAUAGGAGUAAGCAUGAUAAAACCUGAAGGAACCAGUUGGCAAAAAUUGGAAAAGGUUUCAUUCGAGCAAAUCACAGUCGGUCUUAUGGGUGUUUAUGGUUUGACAAAAAGUGGCAUCAUUAUCACAAUGGAAGAGCACAAAUGUGGAGGUAUCUUAACAGCAAAGAAAGGAAUGUUCGCCAGCCCCGACUACCCCAAUGUGUACCCUGCAAACAUGACCUGCCUUUGGAUAAUUCGAGUUCCUGAUGCGGAAGGUAUACUUGUUCAAUUCAUGAAACUGGUUGCGAUUGGCCGGACUUCUGUUUGCCGUGAUGAUCAUUUAGUGUCCUAUGAAGAUGGAAAGUACUCUUCGAAAUCUGAGCCCGUGAUUGAAUGUGGUGACAAAGUCGAGGAUAAAUACUUCACAGGAAAUGAGGUUUGGAUUGAAUUUAAGUCAGGGACAACAAACAGAGGAUUCGGGUUUCAAGCUGUCUAUGAUGCCUGGUUUAAUUCUGCAAUCACAAGCCAAGGUCCGCUUAAAGAAAGUACAAAGAUAACCACGCCAGCAACGAUACGAAAGCAAACUCAAACUAUAGCACGGACUAUCAGCAAUCAAGUGAGAACACGGGCAAGCUCUCAAGCAAACACUCAAACAUAUGGAAUAACAAGCGAUGCAAAAAUGGAACCUAGUUCAAUGUUUACUGAAGUAGUGAAAAGUGAGAAAAGCAUGACAACAAAGAACAAUGAAUUCUCAGUAACGACCAAGGAACCUUCCACACAAGGAAAGACUAAAAUGAAAGACAGUGACUUGCAGCCACCGUCUACACAACAUUUAGUUGAAAUUUCCACGAAAGCCACAUCACAUACACAGCGAGUCUCCACUGCACCGUCAACUAGAAUGGCCAAAAGCACCAACAGAAUGCCCAGUGUAAGCAUCCUUUCCACUCAUGAUGACGGCACAACGCACGCUGUCUCUACGAAUCCACAGCUUAAGAGCGAACAAUCAACAAUGCAUGUGGAUCUUUCUACGGCACCUUCAUCAGCUGCUCCACUUGUACCAAGUUCUUCUUCUGGUACAAAAGCUAUGAAUAAGAUGGUACCAAGUGUAGACCCAGAAUCACCUCAAGUGACCCGUGAAACAACGAAGUCUUCCACCCAAACUGAGGCUCCCUCGAUAUCUUCUGGUACAAAAGCUAUGAAUAAGAUGGUACCAAGUGUAGACCCAGAAUCACCUCAAGUGACCCGUGAAACAACGAAGUCUUCCACCCAAACUGAGGCUCCCUCGAUAUCUUCUGGUACAAAAGCUAUGAAUAAGAUGGUACCAAGUGUAGACCCAGAAUCACCUCAAGUGACCCGUGAAACAACGAAGUGA